AUGGCGAAUUCUGCAUCUGGAGAUUGCGUUGAUUUUGAUCGCGAUUGCGAGCGUGUGUUUCCUUCUGGACUUCGUUUCGUUGAUUCUUUUGUGCAACAAUUGGAAAAAAAUGAUGAUAUUAUGUAUUUAGAAGCAGAACAGUCUGAAUUAAAGGAUAAAGAAUUUAAAUCUGAAGAUGAAGCUUUCGAAGCGUAUAAUGAAUAUGCUUUUAGGAAAGGUUUUGGAAUUCGAAUUGGGAAGAGUAAGAGAAGAAGAGAUGAUUCUUUUUUGAUGAAAAGAUUUGUUUGUUGUAAUGAGGGAUUCAAAGAUAAUAAGUGUAAGAAUAAAAGGAUUUAUGAGAAGUUGGAUCAUCGAACUGGUUGUUUAGCUUUUGUGCAGUUUCAUAUUGAUCAUUUAGGGGUCUAUACAUGUACAAGACAUGAAAUGGUUCAUAAUCAUGCUAUGAUUCCUCCUGAAAAAAGGCAUUUGAUAAGGUCUCAAAGAGAUGUGAAUAAAGAGCAGCUUCUUUUCAUUUCAACAAUGAAAUUGAGUGGAGUCAAAGUUACUGAUUCUUUGAGGGUUCUAAAGAAGGAGGUUGGGGGAUCUCCUAAUCUUUGUUUUACUGCUUCUGAUGCUUAUAAUGCAUUGUCAUCUGAAAAAGCUGCCCAAAUUGAAGGAUGUGAUGGUAACCAAUUGAUUAAAUAUUUUGCCAAGAGACAUGUGGAUGAGACAGAUUUUUAUUAUGAUUUUGAACAAGAUGAUAGUGGUGCUUUAGUUAGUUUUUUUUGGCGUGAUGGUAGGAUGAUGAGAGAUUAUCAUUACUUUGGAGAUUUGUUGGUUUUUGAUACAACUUAUAGAACUAAUAAAUAUGGAAUGAUAUGUGCUCCAUUUGUUGGGAUGAACCAUCAUGGUAACAAUGUCAUGUUUGGUAUGGGUUUUAUUCUUAAUGAGCGCACCGAGUCUUUUGAUUGGUUGUUUGAUACAUUUUUGCACUCAAUGGGGAGGAAAAGUCCCAUUACAAUUAUGACUGAUCAAGCACAAGCGAUUGCAGCGGGUAUAAGAAACAUUUUUCCUUCAACUGUUCAUCAUCGUUUAUGUGUAUGGCAUCUUGAACAAAAUUCUAAGAAACACAUUGGAGCAUUGAGAGCUUUGGAAGGCUUUACAGAUUUGUUUGGAUAUCUUUUGAAGUAUUGUGAAACUCCUGCUGAAUUUGAAUAUUUCUGGAAAAGGAUGUGUGAUAAAUACAAAUGUGAAAAUGAUGAUUGGUUAUGUGAUUUGUAUAAAAUAAAGGAAAUGUGGUGUCCUGCUUAUUCUAAGAAGUAUUGGUCUGGUGGUAUAUUGUCUUCUCAACGUAGUGAAACUACUAAUAAGUCAGUUUCACAACGUCUUAAUAAGACUCAAGGUUUAUGUGAUUUUUAUCAUGUUUUUCUUGAUGUCAUUUCUGAGUGGAGAAGUAAGGAAGGUGAAAGAGAUUACAAUACUCUGAGGGGUAAUAGGCACCUAGCUUUUGCUAAUAUUGGUAUAUUAGUUCAUGCAAGAUCAUUGUACACUAUUCAAGCUUAUGUUCUUUUUGAAGAGGAGUUCAUUAGGGGGACAGCUUAUGAUCAUGUUGAUAAUGGUUUGUGUUUUCCAGAAUAUUCAUAUCUUCUUUGGAGGCCUGGGAAGGAUAUAAUUAAGCAUGAAGUUGUUUUUAAUAAGGAAACACAUGCAAUUUGUUGCACAUGCAUAUACUUUAGUGAGACUGGUUUACUUUGUUCUCAUUCUCUUCGAGUAUAUCAUUUGCAUUGUGUGCGUAAUAUUCCACAAGAGUAUAUAAUGAAACGAUGGACAAAGGCUUCCAUGUGUAGUCAUGGUAUUGAAGAACCUACUUUGAGGACAAAUGUUGUGGCUACUAGUGUUUGGAGGUCACAAACAAUCAGAAAGUUUGUUAAGUUGAUAACAAGUUGUCAGAAUUCUUUGAAUGCAAGGGCAGAGGUUGAGUGUUAUUUCAAUCUGUUAAAAGAAAAGGUUGAGAGUGUAUCAGGUGUAAUUGACUUUAGUGAACCUGUUAAAGAGGUUGAAAUUGUUGAUCUUGAGAUCAAGAAUCCUCCAAAAGCUAGGCCUAAAGGUGAGAGGAAUGUAAGGCCUAAGAGUACCUUGGAGAAGCAGUGUAACAAGGCAAAGGGUAAUUUCAAGAGGAAAAAGUCUCUGUACACUCCUUACAAAAGGGGUAUAGGGCAAGCAGUUGUACAGGAACUUGAUGAGAACGGUUGUGCUGUUACUUAUGCUAAUUCUAUUAGUGAUCCCAUUGAAUUAAUUGUUUUGAGCAAUAAACGGGCUCAGGUCGGCUUAAAAUCAGCUGUUGUAGAAGAAAUUCCUUCUAGUUCUAAGGAAUCAAAUCAUAGUAUUUCCAAUGAUUUUGAUCAGGCUACUGGUGAAAGCUCUCUUUCAUCUAUCAUAUCUAUUGAUGUUGAUAUUUCAUCUAUUGCUAAGGCGAAGGAUUUAAAUCUUGAAGGUGUUUCUGCUGUUCAACCUUGUUCUAAUUUUGGUGCAAAUAAAGGUGCUUCUGGUGUUAAAAAUUACUCUCAAAUUAAUCCAAGAGUUCCAAUUCAUACUAGUGCGUCAACAAAAUCUCCUGUUGUUAUUCAACCUACUGUUCCCAGGAAUGUUCAAAAUCAAACUCAGAAUUGUUCAAACACCAAUCCAGAAAUGAUCAUAUCCAACUCCAGGAAUGUUCAAUCAACAAAUGUUCAAGUUAUUUCUCCUACGGUUCAAAUAAAUGAUCAAGGAUUUCCUGUUCAGAAUGUUCAAGUUACUCCUCCCACAGUUCAAAGAAAUGAUCAAGGUGCUCGUGUUCCAAUUCUUCAAUCAAGAAAUGUUCAAUUAGGUUCUAAAAAGAUUUCUUCUAAAUAUGAUAGGUUGUUAGCCUUUUUUGAUACAAGUGUAGCUAAACGUUUGGCUAAUAAAGAUAAAUAAUUAGUAUUCCAGAACUUUAUAAA